AUGCCUAGCUCGUUCAGUUCUUUUUCAGAAGCAAAGCCAGUGUACCAGCCCUCAGUUACCUUCCUCUCUCCUUCGCAGAUUAGUCUGGGAAGCGCCCAAAACGUUGUCGUUGAGUUCUUAGGCGACGUCAACGGCGAGCUCACGAUUACGUACGGCUCAUGCGACGGUGCUGCUAUCAUCUCGGAUGCGAAGCAGCGCAUCGGCGCAACGCAUGUUGGCAAUCACCCCCUGGCUGCUCGUCACGUCGAUCAUAAAGACAGGCGCCCGAGCAAGUUCGUCUGGUUGACUCCCAGCUCGAGCUCUGGGGGAUGUCUUCGUGCAUUUCUCGAUGAUGAACUCGUGGGACAAUCUCAAGAUCUUCGCGUCACCAAGCGCAUGACUCGGCGUAGCGAGAAGAAGUCGUUUUCAGAGGUCGCUGGAGAUGACAGCAUGUGGUUCGACGGGGUUGCUUACUUACAGCAAAAGCAACCUGAUGAAGCCUUUGUCGCAGCAACCAAGAGCAAGUCGUUUGGUAUCCUAGGCGGUGGUAUGUCUGGCCUCAUGUCUUCUUUGAUGCUAGACUCUGUUGGUAUCCACAACUGGAAGAUCUUGGAGUCUUCUCAACGGGUCGGCGGUCGCUUCAGGACUGUCUACCUGAAUAAUACCUCUCCCGAGGAGGGUCAGUAUCACGAGCUUGGGCCUAUGCGUUUCCCAGUCGAGAUCACGGACUCUGAGACCAACGAGACCUUCCCAUUCAAUGAUCAGCGGAUAGUUUUCCAACUAGCCGAUGUCCUCAACGAGCUCAACGUCGGAAACGAGGCAGUGCAAGUCAAGUUCUGGGACUGGAUUCAGAGUUCUCCUAACACCCCUGUCGAUACUCCCUUUCGCCGUCCUGACGGGACCUUUCCCGGCAAGACUGAGGUGGCGACUGACCCGGCGUACUAUAACCCUACUGUAUACCACAAUGCCACCGCUGCUGCGGAGGCCAUCGACGCUCUGGACAAGUUCAAGGGGCUUGACGCGGAACGUAUCCGCAUGUACGCCACGAACAUAUUCGCCGCUUACAAGCAAGCCAAGGAAGAUGGCAUGUUCGAUUACUCCGAGGUGUCAUACCUCCGAGACGUUAUAAAGACCGACCUAAACACCACUGAUGAAGUUACGCCGUCCCACAUCUACUGGCCGAUGUGGGAGUAUGAAACUGUCUACUUCCUUGCUAGCAGGUGGGUUACGGUCCAGGGCGGUCUCAGCAGGCUACCCGCUGCCUUUGAGCCCUUGAUCAAGGACAGAAUCCAAUACGGUGCCAAGGUUAACGGCAUGCACUACAACGACUGCAAUAAGACUCUUUCUGUCUCCUGGAAACCCACCGGUGCCGAGCCUUUUGAGACUCCUAACAACAUCGAAAACUUUGACUACGUACUCAACAGUGUCCCGCUCAACUUACUAAAGUUUUGGGAUAUGCCGCCCUACUCGAGCUUGUUGAAGCGUGCCAUCGAUCGGACUCUAUUCGCUAAUGCUGUCAAGGUGGCUGUUCAGUUUAAGACACGGUUCUGGGAGCACCUCGAGCGGCCUAUUCUUGGCGGCUGCACUCGUAUUACGAAGCCCCAACUCGGCCAGGUUUGCUACCCCUCGUGGAAUCUGAACGCCACUGGUCCCGGUACUCUAUUAGCUUCUUACCUCUCUGACUAUGAGGCUACUGUCGCGUGUGCAAUGUCAGAGGGGGAGCACUUGGCCUACAUUAAGCGGGCUCUCACUCAAGUUCACGGCGAUGUAGUUGAGGAGAACUGGACGGGAAACUAUGCCCGCCACUGCUGGGAGCAGGAUGAGCACCAAGCCGGUGCUUUUACCAUGCAAAUAUUUUCUCAGCAGGAUCUUUAUCUUCCGGCCUUCUACCAAACCCAGUUUAAUACGAUAUUUAUUGGUGAAGCGGCUACCUUCACCCAUACCUGGACUUUCAGUGCUCUCGAGAGUGCUCUUCGAGGAACUGUUCAGUUGCUUCUGGACUUGGGCCUUGUUGACGAGGCUAAGCAAAUUACCAAUACCUGGAUGGCACGCUUUAUUAGUAUAUGA